CACUCCAGGUAAACUUUGAUUUGAUGAUAGCCCCGCCCCCUUCUGGACGUCAUAGCAACAGCUCUGGAGGCUGUUGGGCUAUGGCUAAAGCAGCAUGCUAGCCUUUAAGUGUGAAUAAAGUGUUAAAAGUCACAUAUUAUUCUGAAAUGCAUGCAUUGUUUCCACAAACAUGUCUUAUGUUAACAAAUGGAGCAUACAGAUGAAGUCAAACUAGAUGAUCUGAAGUCCUUCCAGUGUGUCACAUCACCGUGCUGCAUUCAGUCACCGCAAAAGAAUCAGGAAAUUCAAACUUCAACACCCGCCUGCUCUUCUCGAGUCUGCUCCUCUGUUGUGAAGUUUGUGGUCGGUCGUUUAGAGGAAUGAGUUCAAGGAAGAGGUCAGCAUCGAUCAUAUGAUGGCUGAUAAAAACCUGUUUCUCACGCAUACCGUUCAGUUUUUGUGACGGACUGAGCGACAUGGAUCUGAGCUACACGGACUGGAUGUCAGAUCUGCCCGAGGAGCUGUGGGACCUUCCUCUCUCUGAGCUGGCCAUACCGGGGAGCCAUGAUGCUAUGAGUUACUGUCUGGACAUAAACUCCCCUCUGGUCCCAUCUGAGUCUGACUUUUUCAGACUCCUGGAUGGACUCUUCUACUGCUUCACCAGGCCGACCAUCUUUAAAUGGGCAACAACCCAGGACAAAAGCAUCGAGGAGCAGCUGUCGAUGGGGAUUCGGUACUUCGAUCUCCGCAUCGCACACAAACCCAAAGACUUAUCCAAAGACCUCUACUUCACACACCUCAUUUACACACACCUGACAGUUCUGGUGAGUAAGACAUUUUUAAAACACUUUAGGAUGUUACAGCAGGUUCAUAAUAAAUAUCCUUCUUUACAGGAAACUCUGUCGUCAGUGGCCUCCUGGCUGGACUCCCACCCGAAGGAGGUCGUCAUCCUCGCCUGCAGCCACUUUGAAGGAAUGGACGACAGACUUCAUUGUUCCUUCAUUUACUCCCUGAAGGAAAUGUUCGGCUCCAAGUUCUGCCCCAGGACGGAGUCUGUGCCAACCUUGAGGACUCUGUGGGCAUCUGGUUACCAGGUCAUUCUGUCCUACGAGUCCCAGAUUGCAGAAAGACAUCAGGAGCUGUGGCCUGCAAUCCCAUAUUGGUGGGCCAACAAGCGCACAGCACAGGGAGUGAUUAAUUACCUGGACUGGAACAAAGAGAUGGGUCGUCCAGAGGGAUUCUUCGUCUGCGGCCUGAACCUGACAGCUGACAGAUAUUUCAUCGCAGAGAACCCAAAACAGUCUCUGAGGACGCUGACUUUCAGUAACUGGGAAUCUUUGAGGACUUGGCUGGAGGAGCAGACACCCGGGUCAGACCCUGAAAGCCUCAACAUCAUCGCAGGAGACUUCAUAGGUCCACUUCCUCUCUGCUCUUUGGUCAUCAAACUGAACCAAAAACUUCUGCCGAGGAAAUCUGUCAGAUGAGAAGAACAUUCAGCCAUGGGGGCUGAACCUGGAGUACCUCAGAAUACCUCAGAGUACCUCAUUCCCUAUCAUAGACUGUUUAAAAUGAGUGGAUGGCCUGAGAAGUGAAGCCAGUGUCUUAGACUUGCAUUAUUUGUUACCACCAGCAGGGGGCGACGCCACCAGCUGUAAGAAGUUAACAGAUGUUUGAGAAUUCUUUUCUUUUGAUUAUUUACCUCAGGGGAGAUUUUCCUCAUGAUUUUAUGGUGUCAGUAGUUAGUUCUAAGUCUUCUUUAAAACUGCACAAAGCUUAUUUUUUAAUUUUUUAUUCAAUUUUUCGGCUACAGGGGCUGAUAAAAACAGGAUAUGUUUUGGGGCGUUGCUACUUUUUAAAUUACAAGUUGCAAACAUGGUGACUUGAAAAUGUCCAGUUCAGCCUAAAGGACAUUCCAAGGACUCUGCUGUUUGUGUUUUGGUCAGAACAUUUUGUUCAGUAUCCCCGGAGUGACGGUUAGCCCAGUGAUCCUAAAGUUUGUCUCUCGUCCUUCUCCUGGAUGUCAUCCCUCCCUCUCUCUCUCUCUCUCUCUCUCCUCUGUAUUGACUGUCUCGUCUCACAGACUGUAUAAAAACAGCGUGAGGAAAUAGAGGCACACCAUCUGGAUUUAUAUUCAUUCAAUGAUAUGUCUUCAGCUGUUUUAUAAACAAAAAUCAAAAUGGACCAAAAGAUGAUCUUAAAAAAGCAUUUUAAUAAGUCUCACAGUCAUUGUGAGUUACAGCUGGAUUUAGCAGACAGCUUUGUGCUUGAUAACCCUCCUCCAGCUCCAAUCCCUCUGUCAAAUACCGUCAUUCAUGCACAUAGUGACAGACAACGUGCCAAACUCCAGGCUUCAAAGCAGCAGUACAAAAACCAAGAAUGGGACAUUAUCUGAACUCUCUCUUUUACAGUCUAUGAAUAGUUUUUAACUUUUAAGAAUCAAACUGGAGAAAACAUUUUGAGUCUCAUCUCCUGAUGAAGGCUUUAAUACCUGAAACCUGUGAGCAUGUUUUUACUGCGAGUCUGUGGCUCUGAAGAAAUAAAGACUUUGUAUAAGCUACCCUUUUGAGUGCCUCACAUCCUAUGGGUAACUUUAAACUUGGAUCCUCACUUUGAAGAGCACCAAAGUGUCGCCUUUUUACACUGCUCUUUGAUAUUUGAAAAAUCUGUAUUGGAGGUUCUGUAUACAUUUUUUUUUUUUUCCCCAAAAUAUUCUGUAUGCUGUGAAUCAGCUUCAAAGUGCAGUUUCUAAAUGUUUACUAGAACAAUCAUCCUGUAACAGAAUAAAAACAUUCCUCAGAAA